AUGUCAGGUUUUCCAGAGUUUAAUUCCACCAAUAACCCCAAUAGAAUUUCUAGCAGUAGCACAAACUCUAAUCCUUCGGAUUAUGAAUCAUAUGGCGCGCUUGAUGAAACAUCAUCACAAGUUAGCUUUAAAAGAAUAAAUAUAAUAAAUUCUUCCCACUCACUUAGACAUGUUACAAUCAAACAAUUAGAUCAAGCAGAAGUAAGCGAUGAUAAUAGUGUAAUUAAAUUAGAUGGACACGAAAUUGGAUAUAUUACGUUUAUAGCAGUGAUUACUAGUGUUUCCUCUCGUUUUUCUAAUACUGAAUACAUAAUGGAGGAUGGUACUGGACUGAUUUCUGUGAAGAUUUGGCAGGAUAGUACUGAUGAAGCAAAUGCAAAAAAUGAUGAUAUUAAGGAAAACACAUAUGUUACUGUAUUUGGAAAUCUAAAAGUUCUUAACAAGGAACGAUAUGUGGUAGCUGUAAAAAUAAAACCUGUUACUGAUUUCAAUGAGAUCAGUUCUCAUAUUGGUCAUGUUGUCUUUGAUCAUUUAUACUUUAUAAAAAAUGUGGGAACUCGUACAUUCCUGAGAGAAAAUUAUAGUCAAGGAGUUAAUAAUUUUACAAUUAAUACACAGAACUUAAAAAAUCCAUUAUACAAGGACAUAAUUGCUUUUGUUACUAAUGAUAAUAAUGAUGCUGGAACUAAUAUUAGUCAAAUGGCAAAUGCUUUAUCAAACAAACAUGGAUCUGAUAUGAUUGUUGUAAAUGCUGUUGAACAAAUGUGUUCAGAUGGAUUGCUUUAUAGCACUGUUGAUGAAUCUCAUGUUAGACUCACAGCUUAA